CGCCCCCACCCCCUCUCGGUGUCCUCUCCUCCUCCUGUCUCAGCCUCUCCUUCUCUUCCUGCCCCAGCCUGGGCCUGGGAGAGGAGGAGGAGAGGAGCCAGCGUCCCCGGGCCCGGCUCUGGCUCCGGUUCCCGGGGGCGGCUCCCCCCGUCCUCCCCUCCCCGCCCCCAGCCCCGCGGCGGCGGCGGCGGCGUCGGAGCAGCCGGAGCCGAGAAGGAGGAGGAGGAGGAGGAGGAGACUGCGGCUCGCCCGGGAUCCGCUCCGGAGCAGCUCCACGGGCUAGCUGCCAGGCCAAUGCAACGGGACGGGCCGCCCCGAGCCCCCGCCCCCAUCCCGGGACCCCGCCUUCCCGGCCCGGGAGGUGUUGGUAGUGUCGGCGGCGGCGGUGUCGGUGUCGGCGGCGGUGGCGGCUCUACAGCCCCAGCAGCCCCCGUCCUCCCGGGAACUACAAGUCCCAGGGGUCCCGGCGGCGGCCGCAGGGCGGAAGAGGCGGGGCCGGCACCUCGGGGCCGGAAGUGGCCCGGGAGGCGGAAGUGGCGGGGUCGAGGUGGGGGCUGGAGCGUGGGGGGCGCGGCGGCGGCGGCAGCGGUAGCGGCGGCGGCGGCAGCAGCGGCGGCGGCUGCAGCGGGGCCCGGGCCAGGGGCAGCAGGGGCGGCCAGUGGGGCGGCGGGAGGCACGGGCGAGGCCGCCAUGGCCAAGCAGUACGACACGGUGGAAUGCCCCUUCUGCGAUGAAGUGUCUAAGUACGAGAAGCUGGCCAAGAUCGGCCAGGGCACCUUCGGUGAAGUCUUUAAGGCCAAACAUCGACAGACUGGCAAGAAGGUGGCCCUGAAGAAAGUGUUGAUGGAAAAUGAAAAGGAGGGGUUUCCCAUCACUGCCUUAAGGGAAAUCAAGAUUCUCCAGCUUCUCAAACACGAGAAUGUAGUCAACCUAAUUGAGAUCUGUAGGACCAAAGCCUCUCCCUACAACCGCUGCAAAGGCAGCAUCUACCUGGUGUUUGAUUUCUGUGAACAUGACCUUGCUGGGCUGCUGAGCAAUGCCCAUGUCAAGUUCACUCUGUCGGAGAUCAAGAAGGUGAUGCAAAUGCUGCUCAAUGGUCUCUACUACAUUCAUCGGAACAAGAUUUUACAUCGAGAUAUGAAAGCUGCUAAUGUGCUCAUCACUCGGGAUGGGGUCCUGAAGUUGGCUGACUUUGGUUUGGCCCGGGCUUUCAGUCUGGCCAAGAAUAGCCAGCCAAACCGCUAUACUAACAGAGUGGUGACCCUCUGGUACCGACCGCCAGAACUGCUGCUUGGAGAGCGUGACUAUGGCCCCCCAAUAGACCUUUGGGGUGGAGGCUGCAUCAUGGCAGAGAUGUGGACCCGUAGCCCUAUUAUGCAGGGUAACACAGAACAACACCAGCUGACCCUUAUCAGUCAGCUCUGUGGCUCCAUUACUCCAGAGGUGUGGCCUAAUGUGGAUAAAUAUGAGCUGUAUGAGAAACUGGACCUGCCUAAAGGACAGAAACGAAAGGUCAAAGAGCGGCUCAAAGCCUAUGUCAAGGACCCUUAUGCACUGGACCUGAUUGACAAACUGCUGGUGCUGGACCCCACCCAGCGUAUUGACAGUGAUGAUGCUCUCAACCAUGACUUUUUCUGGUCAGACCCUAUGCCCUCGGACCUCAAGAACAUGCUCUCCACUCACAGUACUUCCAUGUUUGAAUACUUGGCUCCACCUCGACGGAGAGGUGGUGGGCACAUGCCCCAACAGCCAGCCAAUCAGAGCCGCAACCCAGCAGCCACUAAUCAGACAGAGUUUGACCGAGUAUUCUAAGGUCAAACACAAGAUUGGUCUUUGUGUUUUUGUUGUUUUUGUUUUUAUAUAUAUAUGUAUGUACAUAUAUAUAUGUGUACAUAUAUAUGUAUAUAUACAUGUGACUUAUGUUGCUGAGAUCAUGGGGCAUUUUUAAUUGUUUCCCAUUGCACAUAUAUAUAUAUAUUUUUUUAAACUUUUGCUCUGGUAUCAAGGAUUCCAGCUAGCAUUUAGCCUAGACUGGCAAGCUAGCUGGUAAGGAUGGAGCUCAGACUGAUGGAAGGACAUUGCAACAUCUGUCUACUCCAUCUGCAGGACCCACAUUUAUUGAUGACACCUGGCACUGUCUUCCCUUCUAGAAGAGAUUUCCUAUUUUGAGGGGAGCAAGCGCAAAGCAUCUUCAGACCAUUUUAUUUCUGGGUCAUCCUACAAAUUCUACAGGUUUCUCUUCCUUCCUCUAUUAACCAGAGGAUUAGAUUAUUUUGGAUAGCCCUGGAGCCUCUGGUAUUAGAAAAAUCCCUGGAAGCUUCUUUGGGUCUUGCCUUUGGAGAGUGUUUCUGAUGGGAAGAUCACCAACCCUCUUUGAAUCCCAUGGUUCUCUCAACACCUCUCAUUGUAUAUUCUGAGACAUACUUUUCCAUGGAGUGAGCCCCUGGGAAUCCAAGAGGAUCAGUUGGGUCUGGCCCUCCUUGAUCCCAUUGCAGCACCUUGGAGGGCAGAAGAACAAUUUUGGUUUUCUUUUUAGAAAAAUUGUAUCAUGUUAACCUCUUUGAUUUUUGCUCGACACAACACUGGUUAUAAUUAAAAGUUGACUUUUCUUAGC